AUGGCGGCAGCCGGCCCGGCCCCCGCUGCUCUGCCGGCCCAGAACCUGCAGGUACAGACGGUGACACCGCAGCUGCUGCUCAAUGCCCAGGGCCAGGUCAUCGCCACGCUGGCCGGCAGCACCAUCCAGGCGGCCUCCGUCAAGAAAACCGGCACCCCCGAGCCCCCCAUCAAGAAUGAGGUCCAGCCCAUCCAGCCGGCCCCCGCUCUCUCCCAGCCGGCCGUGGUGAUGGCAAACCCUGCCCCGGCAGCGAAGGCUUCCUCCGUGCCCGUCCCCAUCACCUGCUCGGAGACCCCCACCGUCAGCCAGCUGGUCUCCAAGCCCCCGGCUCCCAACAGCAGUGCGGAGGAGGACGGGAUCAACCUGGAGGAGAUCCGGGAGUUCGCCAAGAACUUCAAGAUCCGGCGCCUGUCGCUGGGCCUGACGCAGACGCAGGUGGGGCAGGCCCUGACGGCCACCGAGGGACCGGCCUACAGCCAGUCGGCCAUCUGCAG